AAUGACCUCUCUCUUUUUGUUUUUUAACACUGACCUCUCUUUUUUUUUUUUUUGGAAAUAGCUGACCUCUCUCUUUGUUUGUACAACAAUGGGUUUAGGCCACAAAAUCAGGAGCGGAUAUGCGAAGCUUAGCUUUCUUUCAACGUUGGCUCGUCGAUCUCACCAUGCCAAGACUCUUCCAGCACAAGGUCAAGAUAGAUUAGGAUCUGCAUACACUAAUUCUUUGAGAUGUCUCGCACUCUUUGGGGCAGGAGUCUCAGGGCUUUGGGGUUGUUCCAUGAUAGCUUGUUCAGAUGAGGCUGAGCAUGGUUUGGCUGUUCCUAACUAUCCUUGGCCUCAUGAAGGCAUACUAAGCUCAUACGACCAUGCUUCGAUUCGCAGGGGUCAUCAGGUCUACCAACAAGUCUGUGCAUCUUGUCAUUCAAUGUCUCUAAUCUCAUUUAGAGAUCUUGUUGGUGUGGCAUAUACUGAAGAAGAAACAAAGGCCAUGGCAGCUGAGAUCGAAGUGGUUGAUGGGCCAAACGACGAGGGUGAGAUGUUCACCCGGCCUGGUAAGCUAAGUGAUCGUUUUCCACAACCAUAUGUAAACGAGCAAGCAGCUCGGUUUGCCAAUGGAGGUGCAUAUCCCCCGGACUUGAGCCUUAUUACCAAGGCACGUCAUAAUGGCCAGAACUAUGUAUUUGGCCUUCUUACAGGCUAUCGUGAUCCUCCUGCUGGUGUCUCGAUUCGAGAAGGGCUGCAUUAUAACCCUUACUUUCCUGGAGGUGCAAUUGCCAUGCCGAAGAUGCUGAUUGAUGGUGCUGUUGAAUAUGAAGAUGGUACUCCAGCUACAGAGGCCCAAAUGGGGAAAGAUGUGGUGACUUUUUUAGCAUGGGCUGCAGAGCCUGAAAUGGAGGAGAGAAAACUUAUGGGGUUUAAGUGGAUAUUUGUGCUGUCGCUCGCACUGCUCCAAGCGGGUUAUUAUAGGCGUUUGAAAUGGUCUAUUUUCAAAUCUCGAAAACUAGUGCUUGAUGUUGUCAAUUGAUUAUGCAAAGUAAUGUUUACCAAUACAUUUCCUUUUUCCGGUAUUGUCUACUGAGGUAAACAUUAUAAACCACCUAUGUUGCUCGGACUUGGAUGUACACAUUAAACUUGGGUAAUGCAUCGUAUGACUUUGUUCAAUUCUUAAAAA